CAAAUCCAAAUAAUUCAAAAAGACAAAAAAGGAUAAAAAACAUGUGGGCUUCAUCCACGCUAAGGCUCCCGAACAUAAGACCCACACCUAUCUCGUCCAAUCAAAACCCAUCCGAACCUGACACCAAACCAGUACCACAGGCUCGGAAACUGAAGGGAAGCGCUCGGCUGAACCGGUGGUCGAGGGCUCGCACGAUUCGGUCCGGGCGAAAACUGGACCGGCCGGACCAGCAGGUCCAAGUAUUGGAAGCGAAGCGUCCUCCAGUUGAAGCAACAGAGAGCGAGCUUAACUCCGUUACGAAAAUUGACGGAGACGAUGACGUGGAGUUGAGAGUGGGGAAGUCGAUAUACAUGAUUUCUGACGGAACUGGAUGGACGGCGGAGCAUUCCGUUAACGCCGCGUUGGGUCAGUUCGAACACUGCUUGGUCGAUCGCGGCUGUCCUGUAAAUACCCACUUGUUUUCUGGGAUUGAUGAUGUAGAUCGGUUAAUGGAGAUUGUUAAGCAAGCAGCCAAAGAAGGUGCAAUGGUUGUGUACACUUUAGCUGACCCUUCAAUGGGUGAAUCUGCUAAGCAAGCCUGCCAGUUGUGGGGUAUACCCUCCACAGACAUACUUGGCCCAAUCACAGAGGCAAUUGCUGCUCAUCUAGGAGUCUCACCAUCGGGCCUCCCCCGCGGGGCUCCUGGCAGAACUAUUCCUCUAUCUGAGGAAUACUUCCGUCGGAUUGAAGCAAUUGAAUUUACCAUCAAGCAAGAUGAUGGGGCACUACCUCAAAAUCUAUACAAAGCUGACAUUGUUCUUACUGGUGUAUCUCGUACAGGGAAGACACCAUUAUCAAUCUAUCUGGCUCAGAAAGGGUAUAAAGUGGCAAAUGUCCCUAUUGUAAUGGGUAUAGGACUUCCAAAAACUCUCUUUGAGGUAGACCCAGAGAAGGUUUUUGGUUUGACUAUAAAUCCUGUAAUCUUGCAAGCAAUCAGAAAAGCAAGAGCUAAGAGUCUGGGCUUCAACAUAGAAACAAGGAGUAAUUACUCGGAGAUGGACUAUGUUAGAGAGGAGCUGGAAUUUGCUCGAAGGAAUUUUGCACAAAAUCCCGUCUGGCCAGUAAUUGAAGUGACAGGAAAAGCUAUAGAAGAAACUGCAGCGGUUAUAUUGAGGCUAUACCAUGACAGGAAACACAGGUGCUCAAUGCCAACAAUCUCAAAGCGCUACUAAAGAUGUUACAUUGCUCCCAAGUAGGCAGGGAGAUACUGAUGCUGAAGAGUGGAGUUCAUCUCAUAUUGCACUGCAGGACAUAAGGGUACGGUCUUCUAUAUAUGUAGAUAUAUAGUUAAAUGAAAAUAUGAAUAUGUACAUAAUAUAUUCAUUUUUAUUUUUCCCCUCUGCUUACAGCCUUAAGAUUGUGUGUAAUACAACUUCAUAGUUGAUUCGGUUGAAAUCUGGACUUUUGAAAUGAUACCUACCAGUUUUGAAA